AUGCAGAGAAGCCGGCUGCGAGAGGCAUACCGCGCCAUCGAGCAAAAGUUCGAAGAUUACAGAAAACGGGCCGAAAAGCUGCUACAACAUACAAUGCUCUAAAACUCUCGACUGCACCGCGAAGAGGUCAAGUCCAAGGUGUGUGCCAACAAGUACAGGCUGGGCGAGUACAGGUUCGAACGCGAUAACGGAGGGAAGGAGGUCUGGACCGACGGGUACGCUUUGAGGAGGGUGAGGGAGAGGCUGGCCUAGAUCGCAGGGCUGAAGGAAAACCUCGAGCGCAAGAAAAAAUCCCAGAAAAAGUCGGAGGAAGGCCUGGACCAGAAAUCGAUCAUCUCCUGCGAGCUAAUGCUUUUGCUCAAGGAGGAGCAGAUGCUCACCUUGGAGCUCGAGUCCCUCGAGUAGGAAAAAGUGGAGUUCAACCGGGACUACCGGCGGCUGUACGAAUAGUAGCGUAGUCGCUACGGCAGGCCCAACGCGCAGGGCCUGGUGAGAUUCGAGAUGAUCGGCGAGAAGUACCAGCUGCAGCUGAUCGGCAAAGGCGGGUACUCCUAGGUGUACAAGGCCUUCGACCUGCGCUAGCUGAAGGAGGUGGCCUGCAAGGUCCACGAGCUGAUGGCGGGGUGGUCGGACUCCGCCAAGGAGAACUACAUAAAGCACGUGCAGAGGGAGACCGAUGUUCACCGGGUGCUGGACCACCCUAACAUCGUCCGGAACUUCAGUUCCUUCACGAUCGACAACAACACGAUGUGCACGGUGCUGGAGCUGUGCGAGGGGCCGGACCUAGGCGCCUACCUGAAGCGGGUGAAGAAUCCCGAGAAGGACGCCAAGGUGCUGUUCCGGCAGGUCCUGCAGGCCCUCAAGUACCUCCACAGCCUGCCCGAGAAGAUCAUCCAUUACGACCUCAAGCCCCAGAACAUCCUCUUCCACAAGGGACAGGUCAAGGUCUCCGACUUCGGGCUGUGCAAGAAGAUGGCCUCGGAGAGCAGCUCCAUGGAGCUGACCUCGCAGGGGGUGGGGACGUACUGGUACCUGCCGCCCGAGUGCUUCGUGGUGGCGGACACGCCUGCGCAGAUCAGCCCCAAGGUGGACAUCUGGUCGGCCGGCGUGAUCUUCUUCGAGAUGCUGUACGGCAAGAAACCCUUCGGCCACCAGAUGAGCCAGCUGCGGAUCCUCAAGGAGGGCAUCAUCCUCAAGAGCAUCAAGGUGGACUUCCCGGCCAAGCCGCCCCUCUCCGCAGAGUGCAAGGAGUUCAUCUCCCGGUGCCUGACCUACAGCGAGUCCGACCGCCCCGACAUCCAGCAGGCCCUCGCGCACCCCUACUUCGACAAGAAAUGA